AUGGCGCCAUAUCGUUCCCCACGUCGCCACACCCGGCACCCUCACUUCGAGCAACCACUCCUCACUGGAAGUAACAGUCAAACAUUAGUGGGGCCACCUCAAACCUUAGAGAUUCAACAGGAAGGCCAUUUACAUCAUCCUUUUCUGGUCAAUCUGGAAGUUAUGUCAUUAAGUGUGACCAAGGAGCAGAUCGUGAGGGAGACGGCGAGGAGAGGCAGAUUGCCGUCGAUGUCGGGUGGCCACCGCGACGGCACCAGACAGGCGUCGUGUGACCAGGAAGCAGAUCGCGAGGGAGGCGGCGAGGGAAGGAGAAGCAGAUUACCGUUGAUGUCAGGUGGCCGCGGCGACGGACAGGCGUCGACGGCUUGGAGUAGCAGAUCGCUGCAGACGUCAAGUGGCCAUGGGGCGAUCUGUUGA